UUUUGACAGCUGUUGGAAUCUUGUAAAAUUGUACUGCGUAUUUUGCUAAGAGAUUUGUUUUGUGUGAAAGAAAAGACAUAACACAACCUGAUGCUACAUCAUGGGGUAUGUGACAGUUAAAGAAGAAACCCCAGACAGACUGUGUUUUUCAAGGGAGCCAAAUAUUUGGUCCUGGAGCUUGUUUUUUGGGGCCAUUGCAUUUGGGUUUGGAGCAGCAUAUUAUGGAUCUGACUACUUGAUAUGGAAGUUGAUCUAUGUUGUUGGAGCUGUGUACAUUGGGAUUUACUGCAUGGAUGAUUGGGAGAUCUGUGAAUUUGAUAAAAGAUCUGGGGAAACAAGAACUAGCAGCUGCAGUCUGCUACAGAAGUUUCUACAGCCAUUUCUGAAACAGCACACUGUUGUAGCCAACUUGGACGACAUAGUUGGCAUCAGGGUUGAAGAGGAGAGUGUCCGUUUCUUUGGAAAUGGCCACCAGGUGGUGCUUUUAUUUGCUACAGGAAUGUCAAUUGGUAUAACAGAAACAUUUACAUUUGGAAACAGUAGUGAGCACUAUCAAGUUGCAGACAAGAUACGUCUCUUCCUGGAUCUCGAUCAUCGCAACCAGAGUCAUGACACGGAUGAUUACCUUGGAGACGGAUCAUCAUCAGAGGACAGCUUUGAACAGAUCAAUCCCGACGAUAUUUCUACAAAUGUUGACGAGUCUUGAAUGUGCAUUUGAAGAUACCAUAAAUGUUAUUUUAUUGAAGACACUUUUCAGUUUAACUUUUUAUAGAGAGGAAUUUAUUUAUAGUUGGGUUUUUAAAAUACUAAUUGCAUACAGUUUGCUUAGUUAUGUGGUGUUAAAACAUGUAAAGGAUGUGUGUCACAUAAUAGCUAUUGUACAUUUAAUACUAAUGAAUGUGCAAUAGUCCCAUAGCUCAACUAUAAUAAUAUAGUUACACACUUUCUACUGUUAUACAAUUUACUCUUGUUUUGAUUGAAUGAUGUCACUAAAAAUGAUCCUUUGAUAAAACUAACAAAAAUUGUCCUUUGAUAAACCUUAGUGUUGUUUGUAAUUAUAAGAAUUUUUUAUAAAUUUUUUGUGAUUUUAUUAAUGUAUAAGUCACAAAUUUAGUAUAAAAUUACUUCGCUAGUCUAUGCGAUUUUAUACAAUUUGUGACUGUUAUACAUCAAUAAAUUCACACAAAAUUACCUACUGUUCUUAUUAAGAGGUGUAAGAUGCUACAUAUCUCUCACCUCAUAUAGAUUGAGAUGUCUGACUGUCUGUCCGUCUGUCUGUCCAUCACUAACUUACGAUAGUGACUAUAGUCUUCAUUUUCAAUGGGAUCAUUUUGAUAUUUGUCGUCGUUGAUGGCUAUCAUAAAGGACUUUUAUAUUUAUAUAUAGUCACCCGGUAGGUUAUAAAAGUAUUAGCAUUUGUAUCUUAAUUCAUUAGAUUAGUUUCAUACUUGCUAUGUGAACUGCUAUUUGUUCUUUAUAUACUGUAAUGUUACAGUAGCGUUUAGUUAUUUUAUCUUAGGGAGGUGGGGAGGGCAACAAUCUAGUCUUUGUCUGCUCAAAAAUAACAAUCAUUCAAAAAACCAAUACAUGUCCCCAACUGGGCCCAACAAAAUUUUUUAUCUCCUAAGUUCAAGGACCAUAACUUUGUGAAAAAUGGGUGAAUCGCCAUGAAGGUCAAACUUGAUUUGUAACGGUACAUGAUAAAACGGUACACAAAAUUCCAGCUCAAUAUCUCGAAUUAUUGCGAAGAACAGUAUGGAAAACAAAUUUUCAUAUCUCCUAGUUUCAAGGGUCAUAGCUAUGUCACAAGUAGGUAAAUCGCCAUGAAAGUCAAACUUGAUCUGUAACGGUACAUCAUAAAGCUAUACACCAAAAUUUAGCUGAAUAUCUCCAGGCAUUAUGACACAAACAUUCGGAAAUCUAUUUGUGGGAUAAAUGGAUGGACGGACAGACAGACAAACAGAAGGAUGGAGAUGAAACCUAUAGUCGAUUCCCAGCAGUGGGACCAGUAAGGGGACUAAUAAAAGUUGUUUGAGGAUGUGCAGGACUAGGCUAAACUACAAACAUAUACGUUUACGGGUGAAAAAAACAUAAUAAUUAAUCAGUUGUUAUACUAAACUGAAACUGAAGAUAUUGUGUAACCAAGAGUAUUCAUGUUUGAAAAAUACUACUACCGGGUAAUGUGUAAUUAAAAUAAUAAAAAACCUAAAGCAGGUAUCUAAACAAAAUUGGAUAAUAUUUCUUGUUUUAUCAUGAACCUAUGUGUUUCAUUUAUUAAAAAAAAAGAAACGGGGGGGGGGGGAAAGAAAAAAAAGAAGACCCACCCCCCCCUACCAAGUAUAAAUAUAUGUACAUGUAUUAAUUUGCAUUCAGUGGUGGAAUUUUGUGUAACCAAAUAUUAAACCAAUAGUCAAUGCAUUUAUGGUAUCUUCAUUUCAUGCACCAGUAGUAAGAUUUUUAACAGUUUAAUUAUAGAAUUAGCAGAGCUACUUUUUACUUGUGAUCAAUAUAACCGUUAUGCUGAUGUUCAGGGAUUGUUGUUCGUUCUUCAUUAUAUAUAUCACUACUUAAUGUAGUUAUAUUUCUGGUGUUUGUGUGAUUUUUUUUUUUUAAACGCCAUUAAACUUUAAUCUGGUUGGGAAUUAGGGCUUGAUACAAGGUUCACCCACAAAGAUAUUUUAUUUGAGCCCAGUUUUUUUUAAAUUGAGUAUUUUAAUAAUAAGUAUAUAAAUGUGACUGAUUAAAGGGACCAUCCAGAGUUUACUGCCAUUGUCAAAUGUUUAUUGUAACAGACAGGGUCUUUUUGAUGGCUAAAAGUACAUAUUCAAGAUAUUAUCUUGUAUACAAUAUCAGUGUCUGUUUUAAGAUGGUGUUUGCUGGCUUCCUAAUGUUUGGAAAAUGUAAUUUUAGUUGCUCUGUUUGUCAGAAACAUAUGUUACAAUGCCUGCAAACUCAGGAAAGUCACUUUAACUAAAUACACAAUUUAAUGGCUAAUCUGUAAAAGGUUUAUCAGUUGGCCAAGUACUGAAGGUGCAAGUCCUGCAGACUUGAUAUCCUAAAACUGAUUUUUUUUUUUUUUUUUAAUAAAUCCUGUCCUUUGAUCUUUUUUCUGUAAUAUCUACAGUUAAAGCCCUCAAAACCAGACUCUUUGUAAACCACAAUUCCUUCAAAACCGGAUGUUUUUCAAGGUUCCCUUUUAAAUAUGAGUACAGGAUAUAUAACCUCUUUAAACUGGAAAGACCUUAAAACCAGAUUUUUUAUUUGGUCCAUGGAUGUCCGGUUUAGAGGGGUUUCACUGUAGUUGUUGAAGUCCACUGCUGAUGUUUCAGUCAUUUCAGUUUCAGUCUCAAUUAAUUGUAUAUUUUCACGUUUCAAAGAUGUUUGACAUUGAUUUUUACAAGAAAUAACAAGCAAUUAAUAUUAGCAUAAUCUCUGCAUGCAUGGACAUAGGUUUUUUCAACAUAGGAACCCGUAACAUUAUUUUAAUAUACCUGUUGUUCAGUGACAUUCAUAAGCUAAGACUAUCCCACCUUAUAAAAAAGCAAUAUUAGCUGACGUAAAAUAGGGAUGGGAGGGGGGCUUGAAGCCCCUACCUAAAUCUAUGCCUGGACUGUGUCUCUAUUUUUGGUGUCUUGUUUUGUUUCUAUGAAAUCAAUGACAUCUUAGGUUGCUUGUUUAAUAAAAUCAGUUACUGAUGAAAAUAUCCAAAUACUCAAAUGAAUUGCUUUUUUGUUCCUUAUGCAGAUGCUUAAAUAUUGCAUAUAUGUUCACAAUGUCUGUUAGUUAACCAUGAACCAUUUUGUUUAAAUCUUAUAUGAAGAUUAUAUAUUAUG